AUGAUAUAUGAUAUGAUUAUGGAUGAACCAUUAGCAAAAGUUAUGGAUAUUAAAUCAAAAAGAAAAUCUAAAUGGAGACCAACUGCACUUGAUACUGUUGAAAUGGAAAAACUUGCAAGUAGAAAAUUACGUAUGAGUGAUAAAAAAAAAACAAUGGAUAUUGCAGAAAAAUUAUAUAUGAAAGGUUUUAUUAGUUAUCCACGUACAGAAACAAAUAUAUUUCCAUCAGAAAUUAAUCUUUAUCCACUUAUACAAAAUCAAGUUAAUGAUCAACGUUGGGGAGCAUUUGCACAACGUGUACUUAAUGAUGGACCUCAACCACGUAAUGGAAAAAAUACUGAUAAAGCCCAUCCUCCUAUUCAUCCAACACGUUAUCCUGAUGGACAAUUAACAGAUGAAGAAAAUAAAUUAUAUGAAUUAAUUGUUCGACAUUUUCUUGCUUGUGUUUCAAAAGAUGCUCAAGGUGAUGAAACAAUAAUUAAAAUAAAUAUUUCCAAUGAAAUUUUUAAUGCAUCUGGUUUAAGUAUUCGUGAAAGAAAUUAUCUUGAUGUUUAUAUCUAUGAUAAAUGGUCAGAAAAAGAAUUACCACAUUAUGAAUUGAAUCAAACAUUUUAUUCAACAAAAAUUGAAAUGGUACAAGAUGAAACGUCCCCACCACAAUUAUUAACUGAAGCUGAUUUAAUAUCUCUAAUGGAAAAACAUGGCAUUGGUACGGAUGCAACACAUGCUGAAAAUAUUGCAAAAAUUCAAGAACGACUUUAUACAAAAUUAAAUAACGAUCGAAGAUUUGAACCAGAAAAAUUAGGUCUUGGAUUAUGUGAAGGUUAUGAUAAAAUGGGUCAUGCUUUAUCUAAACCACAUCCUCGUGCGGAACUUGAAAAUCAACUUAAAGCUGUUUGUGAAGGACGAGCGAAUCCAGCCGAUGUACUUCGAGAACAAAUUGAUAAAUAUCGACAAGUGUUUAUUGUUACUGCGGCACAAAUUCAAAAACUUGAUGAUGCAAUGACGAAAUAUUUUGGUCCUCCAGGACAAAAUCCACCACCACCACCACCGCCACCUCCUGCACCAUCAUCAGGACCUUUUGGUGAUCGUACUAAUAGAAACCAAGUAGCAUUACCCGCACCUUCAAGAAAUAAUAGACCUCAACAACAAAACCGUCCUUCUGGACCUUUACAACAAGAACAAAUUCGUCCAACAAAUAAUAAUAGAGUACCAAAAUGUAAUUGUAAUGUUGAUGCUAAAGAAUUAACAGUAAGAAAAGAGGGUCCAAAUAAGGGUCGAUCUUUUUUUCGAUGCGGAAAUAAUGAUCAAUGUAAUUUUUUUGCUUGGAAAGAUGAUGCAAUAUCGAGCUUUGGAGGGGAUAUCGCUCCACGACAAUAUGGUGAUAAUCCUUCCAAUGUUGAAAAUAAAAGACAAAAGUCAGAUAAUGAUGAAGAUAGUAAACAACGAAAAUGUGGUCUCUGUAAACAAACAGGUCAUAUACGUCGAAAUUGUCCAUCGUUAAACUUUUGA